AUGUCGGCGGACGCGGCCUUCUGGGAGGCGAGCUUCCAGGGGCUGUGCGGGCACAUGCUCCUGGAGGACGGCAAGGCCCUGCGCAAGCGGAUGGACGCCUACCGCCGCGAGGGGAAGCCCGGGCUCCCCGCCUUCGCCCUGGCCGCCGCCGGCCAGGGCCCCCCGGCGCUGGAGGAGCGCCAUGGCCCCGCCGCGCCGCCCGCGGAGGUCGUGGCUGGCGUGGGAACGCCACCGCUCGUCGCCCAGCCCGGCGAGGAGGCCACGCCAGGUGUGGCCCCGGAGGCGCCCGACGCCCCGGCAGCGGCCGCAGCGGCGGCCGAGGCGGCGCCUGCGUCCGCCUCGCCGCCCGAGGCGGGGCCGCUGGAGGAGCCGAUGCCCGUGCAGCUCGAGGAGCUCACGCCGCGGGUCGUGCCGCUGCAGGAGGCCGCCGCGGCAGCAACGGCGGCCGCGGAG